AUGAAGUGCCAGCUGAGCCCACGCCUGAUGCUGCUGCCCUUCCUGGUGUCGCUGGCGCUGCUGGGGCUGCGGGUGCAGCGCUUCGCCGAAGAACCCGUCACCACCACCCCCGCCCUGGGAGUGGCGGGCAGGCGCGGCAACGCCAUGGUCAAGCCCCCCCCCACCCAGCACCGGCUGCAGCCCCCCUACCCUUACCCGUACCGCUUCCUCCUCAAUGAGCCCCACAAGUGCCAGGACCAGACACCCUUCCUGGUGCUGCUGGUGGUGACGGAGCCGGGGGACACGGCCGGCAGGAGCGCCAUCCGGCAAACCUGGGGCAACGAAAGCUCGGUGCCGGGGGUCUCCAUCCUCCGUCUCUUCCUCCUCGGCGUUCACCCGGUGUUCCGGCAGGAGCUGCGGCCGGUGCUGGAGGAGGAGAGCCUUCUCCACCACGACAUCCUCCAGCAAGACUUCUUGGACACCUACAACAACCUGACGUUGAAGACGCUGAUGGGCAUGGAGUGGGUGAGCAAGCACUGCCCCAACGCCAGCUACGUGGUGAAGGCCGACCGCGACGUCUUCCUCAACCUGGGUUACCUGGUACGGCAAUUCCUCAUUCCCCCCAAGAAGAACUUCAUGACCGGUUACAUCUACCGCAACACGGGGCCGCUGCGCAACAAGGGCUACAAGUGGUACGUGCCCCACGAGGUCUACCCCAACAACACCUACCCGCCCUACUGCGGCGGACCCGGCUACGUCCUCUCCGGGGAUUUGGCAAGCAAAAUCUACGGUGUCGCCCAAACUUUGUCUGUCAUCAACAUGGAGGAUGUCUUCAUGGGCAUCUGCCUGCACGCGCUGGGCAUCAGUGUCACCGACAGCCCUUGGGGCGUCUUCAACAUGUACUGGAUCAAGUACGAGAAGUGCCGGUUCUCCCGGUUGGUGAUGGUCCAUCACUACGAGCCCCAGCAGCUGCUGAAGCUCUGGCCUGGCUUCCAGGAGCCGAAGACAACGUGCCACCGCUAG